CUCAAGGGGUGCCAACCACCCUAGGUCGUCGCGUGGAGCAAGUUUAGUCAUGAGUUCGUCCGCCAAAGUCAAGUCGUCGGGCGUCCGUCGGAGCUCUCGGCCGGACGCCGAUCGGUCCGAUGACCAGCGCAAGGAGAAGGACCCGCUGGCUUUGCGCCAGUUGUCGACGCCGGACGACUUGGACACGUACAUGGAGAAGCUGUACGAGGAGGACAUGGAGUCCAAACUCGACGGCAUCACGCAGAUCCUCAACCUGUCUGAAUAUGGCGCCAACAUUGAAAUGCUCGUGCAAAACGAGGCGUUGAUGUGCCUCCUUUCUAGGGUUCUCAACGACGAGUACAAGAAGAACUACGACUUUACGCUGCACAUGAUGCGGAUCUUUUGGUGUUACUCGAACUUUCUCCAGCUGCAUCCGAUCCUAAGCAACUACCGCAUUGGCGCGAUCACAUUGAAAAUCGUCGAUUUUGAAGUCAAGCGCCACCAGUUGCGCAUCGAAGAAGAGAAAUUGCUCCAGGAAUCCCUCGUCAAGGCCAGUCACGAGCACCCGGAUGUCCUCGCCAAGCUCAAAUCCGAGGCCAAAAAGAACAAGAAGCGUUCGAAAAAGCAAGAUCAGCUCCUAUUCGUGUGCCUGAGCGUGCUCUUCAACCUAUCGGAAGACAUUCACACCGAGCGCAAAAUGGUUAAGAAGAAGAUUGUGCACUUUUUAGCGAAAAUGCUCGACCGCGUCACGCCCGACUUGGUGAUUUUAACGCUCGGGUUUUUGAAAAAACUCAGCGUGUUUGAAGAAAACAAGGACACGAUGAUCGAGUUACAAGUGCCGGAAAAGGUCAUUCGCUACGUGAAGUGCAACCACGACAAAACCGCUCAAAUUGCACUGAAACUGCUGUUCAACCUGUCAUGGGACGCGCGGGUGCGCGAUGCGAUGGUGAAAAACAGUUUAGUCCCCAAGCUGGUGGAGCUGCUCAAGAAGCCACCGUUUCGAGCGCUCACGCUGCGCAUUCUGUACCACUUGAGCAUGGACGACCGGUGCAAGUCGAUGUUUACGUACACGGAGGCGAUCCCGAUUGUGAUGCAACUGGUGAUUAACUUUCCGCAAAAUAUGGUGGCCAAGGAACUCAUGGCGUUGGGCGUCAACUUGAGCGUGAACGGGCGGAACGCGGAAAUGAUGGCGCAGAACAAGGGCUUGGACGCGUUGGUGCAGCGCGUGUUGCGGACUCGCGACGUACUGCUCAUGAAGUGCAUUCGCAACAUUUCGCACUGGUCGUUUAGUUUGCAAGAAGACUUGGCGUCUGAAAAAAUGUACAAGCACAAGGGACUGUGGGCGGCGUACGUCGUGCCUCUGCUGGAGCUAGCGCAGAGCUCCGACAACCACGACCUGGUCGUGGAGAUUCUCGGCACGCUGGGCAACCUCACGCCGCAGGACCUGCCCCCCAAGUCGUCGUGGGAUAAAAUCCUCGCGCAAUACUACACAGUCAUUCCGUUUCUCAACAAGUUGCUCGUGCCCGGCUUUUCCCAAGACGACAUGGUGCUACAAGUGAUCAUGUUUGUGAGUGCGUUGAUGCUCGAGCCCAAAUGCGCGCCGCUCAUCACGUCGUCGCGUGUCGUGCGGAGCUUUCACACGAUCUUCCAGGACAAGCAGAGCGACCACGAGAUCACAUUGCAACUGUUGUUUUGCUUCUACCGGAUGCUGCGGCAUCCAGAAACCCUCGACGAAGUGCUGUACGGCACCAACAUGCUGCCGGACCUGCUGCUCGCGGCCGAUUCGACCAACGUCGAGGUGCGACGCAUGUGCGAUUCGGUUUUGGACGUGAUCUUAGACCACGACAUCCAUGAAGGCGAAGUGGGCGAGUUUGGCCGACAGAUCCGCCGCCGUCGGUUUGAAAUCCACAACGCAGAGUACUGGAACCUGAUGCGUCAUCGUGAUGCCAGCCCCACCGCCUUUCAUGACGACGAUCCCGACGAGCGAGACCACGAAUACAGCCACAGCAGAAAGUAAAUGGCCUUGCAGUGGAUUGGUUGCUCAGGCUGUUCAUUGUACAAGGAGAGGAAAUCAUAAAUAUUAAUGACAUUUUCCGUGACAUUUUGUAGCCAA